AUGCCGGUUAUACCAAACGGAAUGCCGCCAGUGCGCCCAACAGCCAUGCCUAUGCAGAAUGUAAAUGAUGUGGGCCACAGGGCACCAGGAAUGCCGCAAGCGCACCCAGCACAUUCUCCUUUUAGGCCUGUGCCGGAACAGAAGGUGGCUUCACAUGGCGCUGGUAUGCCUCGAAUGCCAUUUACACCCAACAGCACAGCAAGUACUCCAAACACAGGCAUGGGAGCUCCACUAAAGACACCAAUGAUGCCUGGAAAUAGCCAGAUGGGCACUCCUUUCCCAGAUCCAAUGCAAAAUGCUUACCAGCAGAAUAGAAUGGGGAGCAAUCAAUCAUUCCCUGGCGGAAUGCAUGCUUCACAUGGAUACCAGCAGAAGCAGCAAGAAAUAGUAAUCACCCCACAGAUGGAAAAGACUUAUCAAGACAUUUCUAAGCUGGUUAAUUCGCUGCUUGGCAUGAUUCAUAAUAAAAAGGGUGCGCUCAAAGGAUGGCUUCUAAAGUCAAUUGAGCCAAAGAUUGUGGUUUUAAACAAGCAUCUGUCUGAGAAAAAAUGGUCAGCUGACUUCCUCUCAAAAAUGGACAGGUUCCUAAAUAAAAUAUCCGAACUAGGUGUAGGCACUGAAUCCUCUGCACCGGUGACAGCAGAACAGCUGGACAUGAUCCGCAAGGAAGGGGAUGCCAUUUGUGCUAGCCGGCCAUAUGGAACAGAGAUUGAAAUAUGGAUGCCUGCCAUUUACAGUCUCUUAAAGGUGGCUCUGCAUUAA